CUCCCUCUCUCUCUCUCUCUCUUUCAGUUUCUCUCUAUCUCUCCCUCUUAUUCCUAUUUGUUUUCCUUUAAUUUCCAUCAAUCAAACCUUGCCAUAGCCACCACCUCCACCAGAGAGACAGACAGAGGGUUGGUGAGGAAAAGACUAUGAGAUGGUGGGACUGAGUGUAGUGCUUGAAGCCCAAAAUUUUAAUGGCAAACUAACUCCACAAGUUAUCAAUAAAGCCACUAUGAUCAAACCCUCUUCUCCUAGUGCUCCUCCCUCUCCCUCCACAUCUUGCCGAAAUAAUUUUCCGGCAACUAGCUUUCUUGACCAUUGUUUUCUCUGCAAACAGAAACUCUUGCCUGGCAAAGACAUCUACAUGUACAAAGGGGACAAAGCUUUUUGCAGUGUGGAGUGCAGGUGCAGGCAAAUGUUCAUGGACGAAGAAGAGACGUUCAAGACUAAGAAUAAGAGAGAAAACUGCUCAUUGGCCGCCAUGAAACCACCACCCACCUCAUCAUCAUCUUCUUCACCUUCUCCAUCUCCUUCUUCUUCACGUAGUCGCAGGGGGGCCAGAAAAGGUGGAAAUGGGUUUGCGUGCUGAGUUUAGUUUGGAGAAUCUUUUCCAGCUUUGCCCUUCUCAUAUUUUGUAAUGACUUUGAUGUCCUUUUCUUUUUCUUUUUGUUUCCUGGUAUGAAGGCAGUAGCUUUCAUUACAGCCCAUGGAUUGUGUCCCGUUGUCAGGAAACCAUUGGUUUUGGCCUUUAAAACUGCGGGCUGUGUCAGUUGAAGGG